AUGUCUGUGGAGGACACUCCACUCAUUGUGGCUGUGAGGAAUAGUUAUUGUUCUAUUGCAAGGUUGCUCAUAGAGAAGGGAGCUGAUGUCAACAAAGAAGUAGGGGAGGACACUCCACUCAUUGUGGCUGUGAGGAAUAGUUAUUGUUCUAUUGCAAGGUUGCUCAUAGAGAACGGAGCUGAUGUCAACAAAGAAGUAGGGGAGGACACUCCACUCAUUGUGGCUGUGAGGAAUAGUUAUUGUGAUAUUGCAAGGUUGCUCAUAGAGAAGGGAGCUGAUGUCAACAAAGAAGUAGGGGAGUACACUCCACUCAUUGUGGCUGUGAGGAAUAGUAAAAGUUAUAUUGCAAGGUUGCUCAUGGAGAAGGGAGCUGAUGUCAAAAAAGAAGAAAUGGACACUUUAUUCACUGAGGCUGUAAAGAACGGUGACACUGGUAUUGUAAGGUUGCUCGUAGAGAACGGAGCUGAUGUCAACACCGGAAGUGAGGAGGACACUCCACUCAUUGUGGCUGUGAGGAAUAGUCACCAUCGUAUUGCUAGUUUGCUCAUAGAUAAGGGAGCUGAUGUCAACAAAGAAGUAGGGGAGGACACUCCACUCAUUGUGGCUGUGAGGAAUAGUCACCAUCCUAUUGCUAGUUUGCUCAUAGAGAACGGAGCUGAUGUCAACAAAGAAGUAGGGGAGGACACUCCACUCAUUGUGGCUGUGAGGAAUAGUCACCAUCCUAUUGCUAGUUUGCUCAUAGAGAACGGAGCUGAUGUCAACAAAGAAGUAGGGGAGGACACUCCACUCAUUGUGGCUGCGAGGAAUGGUAAUUUUUAUAUUGCAAGGUUGCUCAUGGAGAAGGGAGCUGAUGUCAAAAAAGAAGAAAUGCGGACUAUUAACAUCGAGGCGCCUGAAGUGCGCCUGCAUAGAAAGUUCGUAGCUGGUGCCAGGCGGACUAUUAACAUCGAGCCGCCUGAAGUGCCCCUGCAUAGAAAGUUCGUAGCUGGUGCCAGGCGGACUAUUAACAUCAAGCCGCCUGAAGUGCGCCUGCAUAGAAAGUUCGUAGCUGGUGCCAGGGUUACUAAAGAACCAUUUGAAAGAAAGUACGAUGUACAGCUAAAAGGGAAGAAGACAGAAAGUUUGCCUAAAAUGUCAGGAAAGAAGUUGAUAACCCAAACAGAGAUGACUUGUCCGAGAGACAUCGUUGAAGAAGGCGAAUGUGGAAGAGACUCGAUGAAAGAUGUUGAGCUUGGCCUCAGCCGUUUACAUCUCAGCCCAGGAUGUGAACAGUUUUCUCCUUGCAUUAUGGAUGAAUCGCCUGGUGAUUCACACAUCUAA